UCUUAAGGUGCUUAUACAAAGAGCUAGCAACAGAGAGAGAGAGAGAGAUAAUGGGGUUUUUCAAACUAUCCCAAACUUUUCUCAGCUUUGCCAUGCUCACUUUUCUUCUCUAUUUCUUCUUGAGAUUGUUAUUCUCUUGCUGGAUCCUGCCCAUGCGAGCUUAUCGUAAGAUUAAGAAGAAUGGGUUUGGAGGUCCAGCUCCUAGUUUCCCUCUGGGAAAUAUUAGAGAGAUGAAAAGUAAUAAGAAUAUUAAUGAUUCUUCACUUGGAUCCUCCGGUAUUUCCCAUGAUAUACAUGCUACUGUGUUCCCUUACUUUGCUCGGUGGCAAAAAUCUCAUGGAAAAGUGUUCAUCUACUGGCUGGGGACGGAGCCAUUUUAAUAUAUUGCCGAGCCAGAGUUCCUCAAAAAAAUGUCGUCGGGAGUCCUGGGAAAGAGCUGGGGAAAACCCAAUGUCUUUAAACAUGACAGAGAGCCUAUGUUCGGAAGUGGUUUGGUCAUGGUUGAAGGAGAUGACUGGGUUCGCCAUCGCCAUGUUAUUACUCCUGCAUUCUCUCCAGCUAACUUGAAGGCUAUGGCAAGCUUGAUGGUGGCACCGGCCAAGAAGAUGCUAGACAGGUGGGCUACCCUUAUAAAUUCUGGUAAACCAGAAAUCGACGUUGAAAGAGAAAUCAUAAAAACGGCCGGGGAGAUCAUUGCGAGGACAAGCUUUGGCUUGAGCUACGAGAGCGGGAGCAAAGUGCUCGAGAAAUUGAGGGCCAUGCAAAUCACACUUUUUAACUCCAACCGCUACGUGGGUGUUCCUUUUAGCAAAUUCAUGUGCCCUAAGAAAAACCUAGAAGCCAAGAAACUUGGCAAAGAAAUAGACCAGCUCCUUUCGUCCAUCAUAGAUGCUCGUAAGAAGUCUUCGGAUGGAUCUCCUCAGAAGGACUUGCUCGGUUUGUUGAUGGAAGGAAGCCAUGUCGACGGACGGGUAGGGAAGAGCUUGACGGCAAGGGAGCUUGUUGAUGAGUGCAAGACUUUCUUUUUUGGUGGCCAUGAAACCACCGCAUUGGCACUCACGUGGACGUUUCUGCUUUUGGCCAUGCAUCCAGAUUGGCAAAACCAGUUGAGGGAGGAAAUCAGAGAAGUGAUUGGAGAUGAUGAAGAGAUCGAUUUCACCAAGCUUGCUGGCUUAAAGAAGAUGGGAUGGGUGAUGAAUGAGGUGCUAAGGCUAUACUCUCCAGCACCAAAUGCACAAAGGCAAUCAAGAGAAGAUAUAAAGGUGGAUGAUCUUGUUAUCCCUAACGGAACCAACAUGUGGAUCGACGUCGUAGCCAUGCACCAUGAUCCGGUAAUAUGGGGAGAUGACGUUAACGAGUUCCGGCCGGAGAGAUUUAAGGACGAUCAUCUAUACGGGGGUUGCAAGCAUAAGAUGGGGUUCUUGCCCUUUGGGUUUGGAGGGAGGAUGUGUGUUGGGAGGAAUUUGACAAUGAUGGAAUACAAAGCUGUCUUGACCCUUAUACUCACUAGGUUUUCCUUCUCCCCUUCUCCAAGUUAUCGUCAUUCACCUUCUAUUUUGCUUUCCCUAAGGCCUAGACAUGGACUGCCUCUCAUAGUUCAACCCCUUUAGGCUCCUUUUUCCCUUCUUUUUCGUUUCCUGUGGUAUAUUCGGAUUAGAUUAGGAGAAGAGUAAAGUUCAUAAACCUCAAUUAGUUAUUAGAAUGACUUAAAAAUUGAAGACCAA